CAGUCAGAAGAGUUUAAAAUAAUGAGAAGGUCGUGUCCGUCAAGGGGGGAUGUCAGCGCUGCCUUCCUGGGACUGGAGGGAUCAGAAUUAUUUGAUACAGGCUGCUUUUGACUACUGACACAAUCUGCUGUAUCCUGGUGGUGGUGGUGGAAGAACAGGACAGUCUCUCCUGCUUGGUUCUGUGAUAUCACCGCAGUGGGGUCACCAUGAAUGUGACCAGUUUAUUCUCCUUCACCAGCCCAGCAGUGAAGAGGCUGUUGGGAUGGAAACAGGGCGAUGAAGAAGAAAAAUGGGCAGAGAAAGCUGUUGAUGCAUUAGUGAAAAAACUGAAGAAGAAAAAAGGUGCUAUGGAGGAGCUGGAAAAAGCCUUAAGCUGUCCUGGUCAGCCCAGCAACUGUGUCACGAUUCCUCGUUCCUUGGAUGGCAGGCUUCAGGUGUCACACCGGAAGGGGCUUCCGCAUGUCAUUUACUGUAGAGUGUGGCGCUGGCCGGACCUGCAGAGCCAUCACGAACUGAAACCACUGGAAUGCUGUGAGUUUCCCUUUGGUUCAAAACAGAAGGAGGUUUGCAUCAAUCCCUACCACUACAAGCGGGUAGAGAGUCCUGUCCUUCCUCCGGUGCUGGUUCCAAGGCACAGCGAGUACAACCCCCAGCACAGCCUCUUGGCCCAGUUCCGCAACCUGGGACAAAAUGAGCCCCACAUGCCACACAACGCUACUUUCCCAGACUCUUUUCAGCAACCCAAUAGUCACCCGUUCCCUCACUCACCCAACAGCAGCUAUCCAAACUCGCCUGGAAGCAGCAGUAGCACGUACCCGCAUUCUCCAGCCAGCUCAGACCCGGGAAGUCCUUUCCAGAUGCCAGCUGAUACUCCCCCUCCUGCUUACCUGCCUCCGGAAGAUCAGAUGACACAUGAUACCUCCCAGCCAAUGGAUACCAACAUGAUGGCACCCACAAUUCCCCCUGACAUACACAGAGGAGAUGUUCAGGCAGUCGCUUAUGAAGAGCCAAAGCAUUGGUGCUCCAUUGUCUACUAUGAGCUAAAUAAUCGCGUCGGGGAGGCAUUCCAUGCUUCUUCCACCAGCAUCCUGGUGGAUGGCUUCACUGAUCCUUCAAACAACAAGAACAGAUUUUGCUUGGGGCUGCUCUCGAACGUUAACCGCAACUCCACCAUAGAGAACACUAGGCGGCAUAUUGGCAAAGGUGUUCAUCUCUAUUAUGUUGGUGGGGAAGUGUAUGCUGAGUGUCUGAGCGACAGCAGUAUUUUUGUGCAAAGUCGGAACUGCAACUACCAUCAUGGUUUCCAUCCUACCACAGUCUGUAAAAUCCCCAGUGGCUGCAGUUUGAAAAUUUUCAAUAAUCAAGAGUUUGCUCAGCUUUUGGCUCAGUCAGUUAAUCAUGGCUUUGAGACAGUGUAUGAGCUUACUAAGAUGUGCACUCUCCGUAUGAGUUUUGUAAAGGGUUGGGGAGCUGAGUAUCAUCGCCAAGAUGUAACAAGCACUCCAUGCUGGAUAGAAAUACAUCUUCAUGGUCCCCUUCAAUGGCUGGAUAAAGUACUUACUCAGAUGGGCUCUCCUCAUAAUCCUAUUUCUUCAGUGUCUUAAAAGGUCCCAAGCUCCUGCGUUUUGGAAACAAUUGAGCCUUGCAUGUACUUGAAGGAUGUAUGAGUCAGACACACACAUUUUAUUUUUUUCCUCCUGAACUGGCAACAGCUGAAUAAGAGCCAUGAAAAUACUUGACUUCUGUGACCAACUGUUGGAUUCAGAAAUAAAAAAAGAAAACGACAGAACAACCCCUUUAACAUACUGCUGGUAUCAGGAAUUUUAGUUUACAUUGUAACGUACUAUUAGAAAGUUGAUUUGCAGGGCUUAGUGCAACAGGGACUAUGAAGCUAAAACCACAAUCUGUCAGACCGAGUUCCUGAAGGAUCUUCCUGUAGCUGGCACUCUGAGAUUUGCUUUCUUCCUUACAUUCAGCAUUCACUGUUUCCCCCUGUGUCCUCUGGGGCUAAGAGCCGAUGCUGGUGAAGUCUGCUUUUUGCAGGCUCUCUGUAGUACAUUUUAAAACCAUUCGUCUAAGCUGAUGGUUGCUGUUCUCUUUAAAAGAA